AUGACUGAACCCGCUGCACUCGUUAAAUGGGUCAACGAACAAUAUCCCUGUCCAGCUUUAGAUCCAGUCUGGCUUCGUGAAUGUUGCUCAUGGAUCGCGUCCUCUUACACCCUUUCUCCAACUGAUCAUUUUCCACAGUUUAGUUCCCAUGUAACUUCUCAACUUUUGCAGUCCGAUCUUUCAGACUCCACCCUGCCGAACACUGGUCUCCCACAAAAUAUCCGUACCAUCCAAAACGGUCGUCUUACAGGCCUUCCAUGUCUCGUAGAAAUUCGUGCCAUCAGCGACAUUGGCAUUAGUGCGUUUAGCUUGAUGACUGUGAGGCAAAAACGCAUGGAUGGAGGGGACAUGGCUGGCCUUGUUAGCGAAGAUAAAGAGGACGCAGAAGAGGACGAGGACCCAAUCCCAAAGUAUCCGAGAGGCAUGCUGCGUCUCGAGUUAAGCGAUGGUUUCACAACUGUCGAGGCUGUGGAAUAUCGUGCUAUACCGCAGCUUGAACUUGGCGUCACACCGCUGGGGUACAAGGUACGUGUUGGUCAGUCACUUUGCGUGUUGUUUGAAUAG